UACUAUCUAGUCGAACGUGUAUCUAUUCUCCCUCCUGAACUUCAUGUCCCGUUACGGUAUCUGCACAGUAUACCGUCAAUCGAGCGCCAUUAAGCACAAACUUAGAUCUUCCCAGAACCGCCCGCACAGUCGGUGCAUGAAUUCAGCCCUGACAGAAGCUGACGACGUCAACAGCAUAACCUAAGCUUUACAAGGGCAGAUGUUCAUUGCAAUCGUCGGUACCCGUCUGUCUGGCAAGUCAACGGUUCAAGAGUAUCUCCUCAGCUUCAAAGGCUUCAAUGUACUUCGCCUGGUCGAGAGAGACAGUAGUGUGAGCACCCUCGCAUAUAACAGCAGAUCUGAAAGUGAACUGGACCCCGUAUCGGUCAGGAUUGAAAGCAGCACGAUUGAGGAUCAUUUGACCUUUUCCAGCCAUACGGAAAUGCUGGACUACGUCACCAAGAACUGGAGAUCCGAUUUCGUGACCGUGGAUCUCAGGAGCCAGUCUCUACUGGAAAAAUUCUCAACCAGGCCGUUUUUCAUGGUCGUCAGUGUGGACGCCCCGAUUCUCAUUCGCUAUCACAGAAGUAUGAGGCGAGUAUCUACUCUCUACACGCAGCACAUGUACAUCAGACUGAGUGUCUUGUCCCAUCCUUUCUCAGAGGGAGGAGCGGCGAAACUCUGA